AUGCGAACUCUCUUCACGGUGCUGACGGUCUUCUUGCUCCAGAUUCUUUGCUUGGCACAAGAUCAGAAUUCCAGGAGUAGUGGGCAAACGUACGUCAUUAUAUUGUUGUUGUGUGUGUUUUAUAGCGUCAUGCUGCGGAAUUUUAAGAAUUUUGGUUUUUCCUUGCAUUUUAAAUGCUAUUUAUUACUAUUGUAAGGUGUGAUUCAAAGUAGUACUAGGCUAAAAAAGUUAAAUUGUAUUUAAAAAUAAAUGAAAAUUCUGUAAACUUGCUGACCGACAGUAAUAACUUGUUGUUGUGUGACUCUCUUUAACGUCAUAUUGUUUUAUGCACUUCCGGAUGUCUGGCGCAAGGUUGUUCUCUGUGAAACUACCUUCUUUGGCAUUCAGAUUUGCCUAAACAUUCGGAAGUGCACGUAACGACGUUGUUUUCCUUGCCUAACACAAUUACCCACCAAGUUGUUGAUACUGAGAGUGGUGCAUUAAGCCAUCUAAUAUUUACAGGUACGUCAUCCAGAGCAAGCGUGCAUUUGACAGAGUGGACUUGUCGCCGUUUGACUUCGGCGCCUAUUCGAAACGGUAUAAUUCUGGCCUAGCCAGUCUCUACAGGAAAAAGAAGUCCUUCGACCGGUUGGAUCAAGGCCCGUUCGGGCUAGUCAAGAGAAAGCGGGUCUUUGACCGAGUCGACGCCGGCUUCGGAUUCGGAAAGCGGUCUGCAGGUAAAUUAUUAUGAAUAUUUUAAGUUUUAAGUAGAAUAUUGAGCUUGUCUAAUGUCUCUAAACCAAUUACUGAUUGGGUUAGUGUUACCAAGACUGGCUACAAGUGUUUUUUGUAAUUUAAUUAAUUUAAAAUACUAUUUUAAGCUUUUCAAAUUCAACUUAAAAGUUUUUAAGUAUAAUAUUAUUUUUUGACUCAAACUACAACUUUUAAAUGUAAUUUCGAAAUGUAAUCUUGUUAGCAAAAGCUUUGAAUUAACACAUUUUACAACUUUAAUUAAUACGAAUACAUUACUUUCGAGUUUAACUCCAACUUUACAGAGUUUGCUUUAAUAUUAAUAUUGUUGUACUUUCCCAACUAACGAAAGACUUAAUUUAUUCACAAAUUCAAACCUGAAAGAAACUCAUAAUUUAAUUUGAAAAGUAUUCACAUUGUGCCCAGCAACAGAAAGGCAAUGACCAUAGUUACAGUAACCGAUAACAAGUUACCGGCGUUACAGUACUCAUUGCAAUUAUCGGUCGAAUUACAUAUCUUCAAGGAAUACAGAACAUCCUUGUCUAGGUAUGUAGUGCACCUGUUUAAUUGCAUGUAAACAACGCCUCCGGGCCCAUUUAGCUGGGCCACGUCGGUGCAACGGUAGUCCAACUCAGACAGUCCAUUAGAAGUCUUGUUGUCUACAACAAUACCGAACUUUAAUUAUGCUAAUGAGGGCAAGGCCCUUAAUGUGGGAGAAGGGUAAUUAGGACAAAAUAGGUUUAAUUUGCUAUUACAGUAGGUACCGUAACCUUGAGAAGCAGUCAAAUUGCAUUAAGGGUAUAUACAGAAAGCUUUAAAGUUACUGUAGGUAAAGUAAAAGCUACUUUACUUUGUGUAAUUAUAAAAAGUAACUCUAGCUACCUUUUAACGCAGUAUUUUUGUAACUUACAGUAAGUACAAUACCCGUUGAAACAGUUUACUGACCGUACACAAGUCUCUUUCAGUAGCAGAGGACGACAGUCCAGACAUGUUAAUGAAGUUGUUUCUAAAAUUAACUCAUAAACGUGUUUUAAGUACUUUGUAUGUUUUUUUUAAAGUAGCUCGUAUGUUCGUUUUAAGUAUUUCGUAUGUUCCGUGCAGUAAAUAACAUAACGUCACUGUAACUUUAAAUAAAGCAUAGUUACCUGGAAAUCGCGUAAUAGCUAACAAUACACACAACAACAACAUUGACAUAGCAAAUUAGUGCUUGAGAACUGCUUAAUCUUUAUUUAAUACCGCUUACAAUAUAAUAUUACUGACUUUUGACCAACAGUAACUUAUAUAUAGAUGUAGGUGAUGUUAGACAGAUAAAUAACUGUAACUAAAAUAUAAUGAUAACAGAUAUGGUUUCAGACACGAGAAUAUCACUCUCUGAUCUUGUGAAUCAGGCCCGGUCGAUCGAGCCCAUAGACUAA